AUGGAGCUUUUCGCCGUAAACAGAUACGAUACGACCAAACUCAACGCGGAUGACGAGAGAGCGCAAGAGGAAAUUAUUCUGCAGAAACUUCAGGCACGCAAGGAAAAGAAGGCACGAUUGUCAGCGUCCCAAACUAGACUAUCACCAGAAAACCAGGUACAGCAAAUUCAACCGCCCGAAGGGUUAGUAAACGAUGAAGGUGCAAAACUGGAAACAGAACAGGAAGAAAAGCUCGAACCAGAACUACCACAGACGGAAGUGGCCGGUAAGCAGCAUGAGACACCUGUUAAGGAUGAUAAAGAACACCAUAAACAGUCCAUCGUCGAUAGCGGUGAUAAGCAGAUGGGCGACUUCAUUGUGCUGGGUGGUGAUAAACUGCACCGAUUGAAACAAACGGACGAAGUGCUUCCACCCUGGCUGUCGCAUCCCACCAUCAUCGUGCGCGAGCUUUCCUCCAAAGGACCUUCGAUAAAGAAGCAACCGUAUCUGGACGAUGCGAUAAAAAGCAACUUGAAACGCAUGGGUUACAAACGGCUGUUUCCGGUGCAGGAAAAAGUUAUUCCCUGGAUACUGGAAGCGCACGGCAAACCGGCACCUUUCUGGCCCCGUGAUGUGUGCAUUUCAUCGCCAACCGGUAGUGGUAAAACGCUCGCCUUUGCUGUGCCUGUUGUGCAGCUGCUAAUGCAUCGUGUUGCUCCCGCCGUGCGUGCACUGGUCAUUCUUCCUGUUCAGGAGUUGGCGGAACAAGUAUUUCAGGUGUUUCGAAAAAUGUGUGAAGGCACCACCAUUAGCCCGGUGGUGCUUUCGCGUGGCAUACCGCUUGAAGCGGAACAAAAGAAGCUAGUCAAAUACUGCAAUGGAGCGUACGUGUCGAAGGUGGACAUCGUGGUCACUACAGCGGGUCGGCUGAUCGAACAUUUGCAUUCCACCAAAGGGUUUACGCUGCGUCACCUUCGAUUUUUGAUCGUGGACGAGGCGGACAAGGUGAUGAACCAGAUACAGAACGAUUGGCUGUACCAUCUAAACAAACACGUCAAACAGGAAUCGGAUGAAUAUUUGUUAGGACGCAGCAGCGAGCUACUGUCGCAGGCUGAGCUGUUUGAUCGGCCUCGGCAACCGCACAAGCUUCUAUUCUCGGCCACCUUCAAGCGGGACGCCGAGAAAUUGAAAACGCUCAAGCUGUUCCAUCCGAAGCUGUUUACGGCUGUAAUGGAUCCACAGGAGCGAACGAUUAUGGCACAACACACCGCAGCACAACAACAGCAAGAACCUCGGCGUGGCAAAUUUGCCGGCCAGUACACGACACCGCUCGAGCUGAAGGAAUUUGUCUGCCUGACGGAUCAACGCAACAAACCACUGACCCUUUACGGGCUGAUACGCGAGAAUGGAUAUCGAAAGUUUUUGGUGUUUACCAACGGUAUCAGCAGCUCGCAUCGGCUUUCGUUCGUAUUGCAGCGACUGUUCGGGACGGAAAUGGUGAUCGAGGAAUGGUCGUCUUCGCUCUCUCCGGCCACAAGACGGAACGUGCUUAGCCGGUUCAGCAUGGGCAAGGUGAAUGGAAUCAUCUGUACGGAUGCAUUGGCCCGUGGUAUUGAUAUCGAAAGCAUCGAGGUGGUCAUUUCGUACGAUAUGCCUAACCACGUGGACAAGUACAUCCACCGUAUUGGUCGUACGGCGCGCGCUGGCUACAGUGGAACGGCCAUCACCUUGGUGACGGAGGAUGAAAGGAAAAAGUUUAAGUCAAUUUUGAAAGAGGCAGACAAAAAGGAGCUUGAAGCGAUCGAGGUCAGUCCAUCGACGGAGGAACAGUAUGCUGCCCAGUAUGCUAGUGCGCUCAACGAUUUACGUGAAGCCCUUGCACUGGAAACGGAAGUGAUCAAUAAAUUACGCAACGGAGUAACUAUUGGCAAUAUGACGCGAGUCAAUCUACUCACCAAGCUGAAGGAUCAGGUCGAUAUUACCUACUCAACGGAAAUCAUAAAAUCGCUGAAAUUGCUACCGAAAAGUUGGACAAAUGAAGCAAUAGAAUUAAAAGCUCAAGCAGGCAGAAAGCGCAAAGAAGAAGCACCAGCAGCUGGGGAAGACGUUGUAAAUGCCAAACGUGCUAAAGUGAAUGAUGAAAGUGGAAAGAUGGUAAAUGGAAACGCUAAGAAACUAAGCGGCGAAAAGCGCAAAUUAACCAAUGGUAAUGAUAGUACUGCCGAGACUCCCAUAACCGAACCACCUGUAAGCGGUGAUAGGAAGAACACGACGAAAGCUAACAAAAAACGUAAGGGAAGGAAGCGUAAAUCGGCAUCUUCCGGUAUGUUGGCGGCGGCAGUUAAAUUGUUGCCAAAUGGUACAUCUACAAAAGGUUCAGAAAAGAAAGGAGAAUCGAAAAAGCUGAAGCGCGUGCGAAUUAAACGAAAACUGCAUAGCGAUGGAAAGGUGACGAAGAAUCGUUGGAGACGCAAUGGAGCUCAAACAGAAACAGUUCAACAUAAAGUUGCUGCCGAUGAGUGA